AUGACAGGAGCAAGGUCCCUCACCCAUGCUAGAGCUGUUACAGGCAAGGACCCCUGGAAGAUCGAUCAGGUGUGGAAGCAUUACAACAGGAGCAACGAUACCCUUGAGGAGAUGACGGCGCGUCUCAACCAGCUCUCAGACUUGAGCUGCUCCCAGCGCCAGCAUAUCCGACUGACUUCGACCAACUUCAAGAUGCUGGAGCAGCGAGAGCGCAUGGCGUUCCUCCGACAGACCAUCAUCAACCGCAACGCGAGUGUCUUGUCGGAGCAAGUCAAGCUGAAGCCCAAGAUGAGGAGCUUCGAGGUCGAAGAGGUCAAGGAGAUCCGAGGCAAGGAGAAGGAGAUACAGGAUGUCAUGCAGGACAUCAUUGUUCUCGCCAAGAGACUCGAGCAAACUGAGGAUGAGGUCAUCUUGCCUAACGGCUUCCUUGCUGCCGGGUCAAAUGCUCAUUCUAAGAUUGAUAUUCACUUCAAGUCGGACAACGUCUCUCAGCUGCAGAACGAGAUCAACUGGUUGAGGGAAGCCAUCGAUGCCAAGGCUGCCCGCAUUCAGCGCCAACCUUGUCUUAGGAUGCCGUGCCAGCGUAAGAGAGCGCUGAGCUAA